UUUGCAGCGUGUACUUUCGAGGCAGGAACUAUUUCAAGCGGCACUUGUUUCAUGCCGGACGACUAAUGCCGUUGCGCCGUCCUUCACUUAAGGACCCACCGGCUUCUGUUUUGGAUGUCUGAUAUGAGCGGAUGUGAGAGGCUGAGGAUGGAGCCGUCUUGAGGUUUUGACCUUGGAGCCUCUGAACAGCUCAAACAUGCUGUCAGGACUUGUUGCUGCUUGCUGUCACUCUCUGAAGUGGACACGGCCUCGCUGGAAAGCCACACUUCACAGCACUUAUAGCCCAUCAAAGCCAUGGCAAUGGCUACUGGGAACUGUGGUUCACAGAGGGGCUCAUAGAUGGACGACAGCACCACCAUUAAAGAUAAAUCAGAAGCCAGUGUUUACCAGAGCACCAGCAUUUGGAGAUAAGAUUGCUAUCAUAGACAGCAGUGGCAGCCACAGCUACAAGCAGCUGUAUUGCAGCAGCUUAGAUCUUGCAAGAAGAAUCAGCACCGCUCUCAAGUCUGACUUUGGGGGUUUGGAUGGAAAACGAGUCUCCUUCCUGUGUGCUAAUGAUGCUUCCUAUACAGUGGCGCAGUGGGCAGCCUGGAUGAGUGGUGGGACGGCGGUGCCGCUCUACUGGAAACUCCCUGUAUCUGAGCUGGAGUACAUCAUCUCUGACUCCCAGAGUUCUCUGCUGGUGGCGGGGUAUCGCUAUGCUAAAACCCUGGAACCGCUGGCCCGGAGGCUGGGGCUGCCAUGUCUGACGCUGCCCCCUACUCCUAGCCUGGGCACUUUAGAUGUAGCAGACAUCCGAGAGAGCGAGGAAGGAGCCAUCACACACUGGGCUGAUCGACCAGCUAUGAUCAUCUACACCAGUGGUACCACAGGGAGACCUAAAGGAGUUCUACAUACACACGGCAGCAUCCAGGCCAUGGUCCAGUGUCUGGUUUCAGAGUGGGCGUGGUCCAGAAGUGACAUCAUCCUCCACACUUUGCCGCUCCACCACGUGCACGGCAUCGUUAACAAGCUGCUGUGCCCGCUCUGGGUGGGCGCCACCUGCGUCAUGUUGCCUCAAUUCAAGCCUCAGCAGGUGUGGAAGAUGCUGUUGAGCUCCAAGGCUCCCCUGGUUAAUGUUUUCAUGGCCGUUCCAACUAUCUACUCAAAGCUGAUCCACUACUAUGAUCAGCACUUCAAACAGCCUCACGUCAAGGAGUUUGUCAAAGCGGUCUGCAAAGAGAGGAUCAGGCUGAUGGUUUCAGGCUCGGCUGCUCUUCCUCUUCCCAUUCUGCAGCGCUGGGAGGAGAUUACAGGACACACACUGCUAGAACGCUACGGCAUGACAGAGAUCGGCAUGGCACUGUCCAACCCUCUUAGCGGCCCACGCAUCCCAGGUGCUGUAGGGUUGCCACUUCCCGGUGUCGAAGUCCGGAUUGUCAUGAAUAACACAACCAACAUUAACAUUGUGGAGGGUAAUCACAGCGAGACUCAGGUACGUCCAGGUAUGGAGGGGAAACAAGGGGAGCUGCUAGUCAGAGGUCCAUCUGUCUUUAAGGAGUACUGGAACAAACCUCAGGAGACCAAAGAGUCUUUCACUGAUGACGGCUGGUUCAAAACAGGUGACACAGCGGCCUAUAGAGACGGUGUUUAUUGGAUUUUGGGCCGCACUAGUGUCGACAUCAUCAAGAGCGGUGGCUACAAGAUCAGUGCGCUCGAGGUGGAGCGUCACCUGCUGGCUCACCCCGACAUCAUGGAUGUGGCUGUGAUCGGGUCCCCAGAUGCCACUUGGGGUCAAAAAGUCACUGCAGUGGUACAGCUAAGGAAUGGGCAGACUAUGACACUGGAAGAGUUGAAAAUUUGGGCAAGGGAGCACAUGGCGCCCUACAUCAUCCCCACAGGCCUGCUGGUGGUGGAGGAGAUGCCAAGGAAUCAGAUGGGCAAGGUCAACAAGAAGGACCUCCUGCGACACUUCUUCCCAUGACUGAACCAUUUCGAUAUGUAUGACAACAUACAGGAUCCUGGUUAAGGAACUGCAGAUGUCCUGGCGGUCUCCAGCUGACCCUUAAUCAGAUAAACAUCACAGAAAAGUGUACGCAGGAAAUACAGAGUAAUGGAAAAACACCUCAUGGAAAAUCACUUAACUCGGAGGUAACUUAAUCACAACUAUAAACACUGCCGCAAAGGUAAUUCUAUUACACUGAAUUCCAAUUUUGCCAAGCAUUGUUUAUCACUUACUGUGUAAGAGAGGUCUGGAAAUCAUCACUUUGGUAUGUGAUUUAUUGAGGCAAUAUGAAACAGAACUACACCAAAUGUGUAUCAAAAUUGCAACAGAAUUGAUCAAGAAAAAGUCUAAAUUAGGAAUCAAAAAUGGUGCUGUCCGCUUAGUGGUUAAAAAUGCAAAUGAGCCAACAUGGAUGUGACAGGUAAUAAUAAUAUAAUAUCUAAGAGAUUGUCAAGUGUUGUAAAUUAUUUUGUCAUCUAAUUUGACCCACUUUUAUAGGGAUUGCAGUUGUCCCAUUUCUGUUAUGCAUUCUGUGUUAAUUCUAAGCAGGUUUAGUAGUUUCACACUGGACACAUGUUAAAGUACGCUCAAAUCUAAGAAAAAAGGAAAGGAAAUGCCUCCCUAAUGGCAGCAAAAAGAGAAAAACAGUAGAUAUGAGAGACUCUCCAGGAUAUGGCAUCCACUUUUAACAAAUUAAUGACACUCUCAAAGAAAUAAAUGAAAAAAUAAAUAAAAACCCAUUAUGCCAUUACAUCACAAUGCCAUUUUCUACCUCUAGUUUAGGCCUAGGUCCUUUCAUAGUGUAACAGAAGUCAUGUUUGCUUCUUCACAACACAGCGGUACCUGUUGGUGAAGGUUGAUUUGAGCUCUUAUUGCUAUAUUCUGAUGUUUUACUGGUGAAAAUGGUUUGAUCAGAUAAUACGGGAUGAAUUUUGGUGUUUGACUGAUGUACUGUAUAGAAUCAUAGUUAAUUACACCUGCAGCGAACUAAAUAAAGGACAUUGUGAUGUUCGAGCAGGGAGACAUGAAGAAAUCUGAUCAGUGGAAAUCACUAUUCAUAUGAGGUCCUGAUCAUUGCACACACACUUGAAAUAACAGAUUCUGUUUAUUUGCAUAUUAAAAAGUUUUAUAAAAUAGAAA